AUGGGUAGGGGUCCCGCUGUGAUCGCUAGCGCUAGUUCCACAGCACUGCUUCGGCGUAGACGUCUACAUACUUUCACUGGGCUUCAGAUCGUUCUGACCCUCAUUAAAUCAGAGCAAAUGCAUUUUAAGAAAAUGGUUGAAAUAGGAGUCGCCAGGGACCAGUACUUAUCUAAUGGAUAUGGUCUCAUUGUUGAAGAGGUGCUUUUCAUUUUUGGUGAGCGACCUAAUAUGCAAGUGUCAGUGUUAAACUAUGGAGAUGUUACUGUCAGGUUCCAAGAAAUUCGAAUGACUCUUGAGACACUUCAAUCUAUAAGUGAGAAAGUAACGACAAUUUGA